AAUUCAGUUAUUUUUUCCAACGAGGUAAUAUCCAUAUUUUUUUUUUGUCAACAAAAGAAAAAAACUCCUCUUCCCAAACCCACAAAAGAAUGUCCGAACCGGGUUGAGGAAAAAAACCCAACGGAAAGUGAUAUGAAUUGAAUGACGAAAACGGGUAGCACCGACCAACCGCCAUAACGGAACCACGAUCUCUGACAAUUCUCCCUUCCGCCAGAUCUCUCUCUUUCUCCGAUAACCUAAUCUUCGAAAGAAAAACGAGCACAACAUUAUAUCCGAACUCCGAUUCCAAAACCCUAGAAUCCACAUCCGAUUCCAGGAUCCAAGCACCGGUUACAUUUUCUCACAUUUUCCGAGCGUUCUCUUCAUCUGUUGCAGUAAACGCGAUAGUUCGUUGCUGAUCCUGAUCGAUCUGUUUCCACAUUUUGCUUCGGUUUCGCAGUGUGAUCGGUUUUGAGGUUUUAGUUGACUUUCUGCAGUAGAAUUUGAGAAAUGCAGCGUGCUCCGGUGACAGUUGAGGAGCAAUUGUUGCAAAAAGCGAUCAAGGAAGAGUGUCCAUGGGAGAAUCUUCCGAAGCGACUUCAAGCUACUCUUUCUUCCAAGGAAGAAUGGCACCGAAGGAUAAUUGAAUGCUGCAUAAAGAAGAGACUUCAAUGGAAUAUCUGUUUUGCCCGUAAAGUUUGUAAAGAAAGUGAAUAUUAUGAAGAUAUGAUGCGUUACUUGCGGAAGAAUCUUGCUCUGUUUCCUUAUCAUCUGGCGGAGUAUGUUUGCCGUGUAAUGAGGGUAUCACCUUUCAGAUAUUAUUGUGAUAUGAUUUUUGAAGUAAUGAAAAACGAGCAACCUUAUGACAGCAUCCCAAAUUUUAGCGCCGCGGAUGCUUUAAGACUUACAGGAAUCGGGAGAAAUGAAUUUAUUGACAUAAUGAACAAGUGCAGAUCUAAGAAAAUCAUGUGGAAACUGAACAAAUCAAUUGCAAAAGAACUCUUGCCUACACAACCUGUAGAUUUUCCUAUUGAAUCUUGGUGGGCAGUUUGUCUUGUGAACUUCACUUUAGAAGAAUUUAAGAAACUCUCUGAAGAGGAAAUGGCCACUAUAGACAAAAUAUGUAAGGAGGAAGCAAGUUCAUUUAUCCUGUUUGAUCCUGAUGUUAUAAAGGGUCUCUAUAGACGUGGAUUGAUCUAUUUUGAUGUUCCAGUGUAUCCUGAGGAUCGGUUCAAAGUUUCAAGGCUUGAAGGUUUUGUAUCCAACAGGGAGCAGUCUUAUGAAGAUCCUAUUGAAGAGUUACUGUAUGCUGUUUUUGUUGUUUCAAGUGAAAAUGCAUCUGUUGCUGAAUUGGCAACAACCCUACAGGCUGACUUGUCACAACUGCAGGCUGCUGCAUCAUUUGUAUGUCGAUUAGGAUGGGCAACAAAAGUCAUUGAUCCAUCAUCUAUUCUUCAAGAUGCAAGUAUACCUGGGUCUCCAAAAAGUGCAAUUAGUGAUGAAGAUGUUUCUCUUGAUAAAGAUAUUCAAGAGGAUGCUUCAGGUUCAGCCAGUUAUGGUCCUCGUUCGGCCUAUACUCGUGUUGCCUUCAUAGUUGAUGCUAAUAUAACAUCCUAUCUUAUGAUGGGUUCUGUUUCACCAGGUCUGAAAUCUCAUGCUGUUACGCUCUAUGAAGCGGGUAAAUUGGGUCAUGCCAGCAUUUCUGAUCUUUGCAAGGAUCUUAGCACUCUUGAAGGUGCAAAAUUUGAGGGGGAACUGCAGGAAUUUGCUAAUCAUGCAUUCAGCCUGCGUUGUGUAUUAGAGUGUCUACAAUCAGGCGGAGUUGCCUCUGAUGUGAAAGUUGAUGAAGGAUUUCAUAAGAUGGAUAUGGCUACUCCAAGCAAUGAUGAAUCAAGCUCUCUAACAGCUGAAAUAUCUUUGGCUGAAAAAUCAGGAGACUCUGGUAUUACAGAAACUGAGACGAAUAAUGAUGAGUUAUUGAGUUUAGAUUUGGAGAAGUCUGCAGAGGCUUCUGUUUCCUUUGAAGCCGUUCCUAGUGAUGGAACCAGUUCUAUUACAUUGGAAGGUGAUGACAAUGACAUACAGGAUUCCAGUAAAGAUGAAAAUCUCCCAAACGAUAAGAAACUAAUGGUUGAAGGGUCAGAUGUUGGAAGAGAAAUGCUGAAGAGUAAAAAGAAAUACCGUGUAGAUAUUCUCCGCUGUGAAAGCUUGGCUUCUCUUGCACCAGCAACCCUUGAUCGUUUGUUUCUUCGUGACUAUGAUAUAGUUGUGUCCAUAGUGCCUCUUCCUCAAUCAUCAGUUCUUCCUGGACCUGCAGGUCCAGUUCAUUUUGGUCCCCCCUCAUAUUCCUUUAUGACUCCUUGGAUGAAAUUGGUAUUAUAUUCAACUGUAGAAAGUGGGCCUCUGUCAGUUGUUCUUAUGAAAGGACAGUGUCUGCGCUUGCUUCCUGCCCCAUUGGCUGGUUGUGAGAAAGCUAUCAUAUGGUCUUGGGAUGGUUCCACAGUAGGCGGGUUAGGGGGGAAGCUUGAAGGAAAUUUAGUGAAGGGAAGUAUACUGUUGCACUGUUUAAAUUCAGUUCUUAAACAUUCAGCUGUGCUGGUGCUGCCUCUCAGUAAGUUUGAUCUUGAUAAAUCUGGAAAAUUGAUUACUAUGGAUAUCCCUUUGCCUUUAAAGAACGCUGAUGGCUCAAUUGAUCCAGUUGGAAAAGAGUUAGGAAUAUGCGAAGAGGAAAGUUCAAACCUGAAUUCUCUAUUUACUGAUUUGGCAAACAAGAUGGAACUGUGCACAGUUGGAUAUAUCCGUCUACUUAGAUUGUUUAAUGACAGAGACCAGUUUUCACCUGAAGAAAAGUAUGAUUGGGUUCCAUUGAGUAUUGAGUUUGGGAUGCCAUUAUUUAGCCCAAAGUUGUGUGAUAAUAUAUGUAGAAGGGUGGUUUCAUCUGAAUUGCUUCAAUCUGGAUCAUUUGGUGAACACCAUCAUGCAAUGCAAAGCUUAAGGAAAAAAUUACAAGACAUUUGUUCAGAGUACCAAGCAACAGGUCCGGCUGCUAAGGUGCUGUACCAGAAGGAACAAGUUAAGGAAUCCUCACGACAGCUUAUGAACUAUGCUAGUGGAAAAUGGAAUCCACUUGUCGACCCUUCUUCUCCCAUUUCUGGGGCAUCAAGUGAGCAUCAAAGGUUAAAGCUUGCAAAUCGACAACGCUGCAGAACUGAAGUUUUAAGCUUUGAUGGAAGUAUUCUUAGAUCAUAUGCCUUAGCUCCUGUUUACGAAGCUGCUACAAGGCCCAUUGAAGAAGGUACUCAAGCCGACAUGAUAAAAGCUGAACCAAAUCCAAAUGAAAUUGAUAGCAAAGAAGUAAUUCUUCCUGGAGUAAAUCUUCUUUUUGACGGUUCUGAGCUGCACCCGUUUGACAUAGGUGCCUGCCUCCAGGCACGUCAGCCUAUUUCCUUAAUAGCAGAAGCAGCAGCUGCCUCAGCAUCUUUAGCAAUCAAAUAGUUUUGCAAUUGCUAUAGAUUACGGUGUUGUGAUAUCUGUGCAUGCAUGGAAAUGAAGUGGCAGGGAUUGCUACGGUCUAGUUUGUUUUCAUCGUCAAGCUUGUUGGUUGCCCACCAAGAUGGGCUCAGGUUGAAGGUUAGUUUCGUUUUUUGGUUGCAUGUAUUUUACCAGUUGUCUCACCAUUUUAGUUGUUGUAAAAUGCAUUCAAUGUUCAAACUUCAACCUUCCAAGUAUGCCGCAGUCUUACCACUGCUGUCCUUGAGGUUUGCUGGCCCUGCUUAUCUAUUUGAAACAAGGAUGAAUGAAAUGAUGCCUUAGCUAAUGCAUUUUGCUUGUGCAAUCUCCGGCGUUAAAAUACUUUGUUCCGUAGUUUCUAUUUAUGCUUGUGCAAUCUCCGGCGUUAAAAUACAGUACAAUCCUGUUAGUAAAUGCAAGUUACGUUUGUUUCGGAUUUCACUUGAUCAGGAUAUUCAAACAGUUAGUUGUGCAAAGAGGAAAUAUAUAAUCUUUGUUAAACUA